AUGACCAGGGGCGGUCAACGGAAACAGGAGAGCUACGACGAAGUAGUGGCAGGGCACGACCCAGAAUCAUAUAAACUCUCCUAUACUGUGGGAGUUGCUGAGAACCAGAAUUCAAAGUUUCGCAAGACAAUGGAAGACGUUCAUACAUACGUCGAGAAUUUCGCAUCAAGGCUUGAUUGGGGUUAUUUUGGAGUUUUCGACGGACAUGCAGGUAAUCAAGCAUCCAAGUGGUGCGGCUCGCACUUACAUACAGUUUUGGAGAAGAAGCUGCUGGGAGAUGAAAGCGAGGAUGUCAGAGAAGUGCUUAAUGACUCCUUUAUAUAUGCAGACCAGCAUGUCAACUCAGACCUGGGUGGAAAUAGCGGCUGUACAGCUGCAGUUGGCAUACUUCGAUGGGAAGUUCCUGACAGCGUCCCCAGCGAACAAAUCGAACUUGAGCAACACCAGAGAAUGCUUUAUACUGCUAACGUCGGAGAUACAAGAAUAGUACUCUGCCGCAAUGGCCACAGCGUGCGGCUCACUUACGACCACAAAGCCUCUGAUAUACUUGAGAUGCAGCGAGUUGAGGCCGCAGGUGGGCUUAUAAUGAGAAGCCGCGUCAAUGGUAUGCUGGCUGUUACAAGAUCCCUCGGAGAUAAAUUUUUUGACAGCCUAGUAGUGGGAAAUCCAUUUACUACGAGUGUGGAAAUAACCACCACAGACCAAUUCCUGAUAAUUGCAUGCGAUGGCUUAUGGGAUGUUAUCGAAGACCAAGAAGCUUGCGACAGCAUCAAGGAUAUAGAUGACGCCAAUGAAGCGGCUAAGAAGUUAGUACGACUAGCACUGGAAAAGGGUACUACCGACAACGUUACGGUAAUGGUUAUAAUUUUCGAAAACAAUUCAUAA